AGCUACUCCGCCUGAGUCCUCCCCGGUCAGUGAACUAUGAUGACCCUUUCAAGGGUGACUGGAAAUAUUUGAGACCUGGAGUAAAAUCAAACUAAAAUUGAAUAAAUAUGUAAUGGAAUCAGGCUCCGCGGCAGCUUCAUCGUUGGCUAAAUCUCUGAUGAGCUUAGUGCGGAAACAGAAUCUGCGUUCAAAUCGCAGCCACACACUCCCUCGGAGCGUGACGCUGCUCUGUGCCUCGGUUUCCCCUUCCGUAAAUGGGACCAUCACCGAAACCCCUCGUCGAGCGUUCCGAGGACUGCCGGACGCAUGCGCACACGGGGCUCCGGGACGGUUGGCCACUGUCAGUACAAUAAAAUGUUCUUUUCUUUAAAAAAUAGUUGUUGCUUUAGGUUUUUCAGCUUCCCAAGAAUUCCCAAGUAUUCUUGUAUGCUGAGAACACAUAUCAUUUCAUACGCAAAAUUACAACAGUAUUUUCGAAAACUAUUUUAACAACAAAUCCGUAUUUAAUAUAGGGGGUGCAUGUGGUACCUGGGGGGCCCCGGGGACUCCUGGGGAGAGGCAACACAUAAGAUACACAGGACUGGGGCCAGACAUGCAAAAAUAUGCAAACGAGAUGUAAAUCAUGCACACGUGCGCCCAGACCCUCGCCCCCAUCCCCUGGGUUUGCCUGCGGGGUCAGCUUUCCAAAAUGAAGCUGGGCACCCCAAACCAGAGCGUCACCCCCUGAAACAAGGGGUGGAGCCAGGCCAUGGUGUCUCUGACCCCUGCCAGCCCUGACAAAUAAACCCUGACGGCCGAGACAGGCCAUAAUGACUGUGGCCACUUUAGCUGAUUGUCCCUUUCUGAGGUUCAGCGUGUGACCCCGUGUGACCCCGGCAGGGCCAGCCGGGCCCCAGGCCUGGCGCAGGGUCUUCCGUGUUUCCGUAAAAGCCCGAAGGAUUGGCGGGGUCCGUGGGCUGGUGCCAAAUAACAAAGUCAGUUGUUUUCAAAUUCAUUCAAAAUUCUUUUUUUUAGGCCACGAUAGAGCAGGUGCUCAGCGGCUGUGGGCGCGCCCCGCUCCGGCCGCCCCGCCCCGCCCCGCCCCGCAGGGCCCGAGGGCGGGAGGAGCCGCGGGCUGCGGGCUCGGGGCCGGGAGGGAGGACGCGGCCCGGGUUCUCUGCGCUUCGGCGCCCCCGCCGCGCCCCGAGCCCCGACUGGCGACCCCCCGACAGCCCCCCCACGCCUCCAGACACCCCCUUGCCGCCCUGCACCUGGCGCUCCCGCUAUGGCCGGCUCGUACGGCGGCCGGGUGCUGGCCGCAAUGACCCUGCUGGGCAUCCCCGCGGCCGCACUGGCCGUGCUGGGCGCGCAGCUGCUGUUCCAGCUGCAGGCGGGACGCGCCGAGCUGCGGGGCCCGGAGGGGCUAGGGGCCGGCCCGGGGCUGCCCGAGGACGCGGCCGGGGCGCUGCUGCCUCUCGCAGCCGCGCUGGCCGUGCUCGCGCUGGUCCUGGGCCUCGGCUGCUUGCUGCUCACGGCGCUCUGCGGCCACCUGAACGCCGAGCUGGCGCGGGGACCCGGACCCGGCAGGUCCGACUUGUUCCUCUACGACAGCCGUCUGCUGAGGCACGUGGCCCUUGGCCUCUUCUGCUGCGGGGUCUCCGUCUACUUGGCAGCACUGUCCAUCUAUGCCCUGCUGCUCUUCGAGAUUGAGACGGGCGUGGCAGCAGCCACCAUCCUCGGCGUGGGCAUCCUGGCGCUGCUGGCUGCCCUGACCCACGGUCUGCUCCGGGCCGCCCGCACUGCCCGCCGCGGCCUCCACGAGCUGUCCCCACCGCCCCCUGAGGAGGACUCCAAGGCCAGCCCUGGGGCUCCACCGCAGCAGGGUACCCACCACCGAGCCCCCCACUUCCCCCACCCAGGGCCUGGGGCCCCCAUUGGACCUGUGGCCCUGGGGGGAGGCUGGGAGGGCAGCCUUCCUGGGCCCCGCAGGCACCGGGCACUGUCGGCUGGAGCAGGGUGCCGGGACGGGGUCUCCCAUGAGAUGCACAGCAUGCUAGGCUGUGGGCCGGAGGGCUCGGGGAAGGACUCCACGUUAGUGUGAGCCCAGGGUCGGGGAUGGGGCUGGCGGCAGGCAGCAGGGAGAACGUGCUGGGGGGUCAGGUGCAGGCUUGCAGCAGAGCUCGAUUUCGUUCCCAGUUCAUGCCGUCCCUGGCUUUUGUCCCCACCAAGGUCGCCUCAUGGCACAAUAUGGCUGCCAGGCCUCUGGCCCUCACGCCUCACUCGCAGGGAAGGCAGCAGUCAGGGCUGGGUCAGCGCCUUCCGGAGGCCUUACCGGGAGGCCUGGGGCCUCGGUGGCGAGAGCAGGGUCCCGCGGCCACAUGUCCCUGCAGGAAGGGAGGUCGGCUUGGGUGGUGGUUCUCUGAAUGUCUCCGUCCGUUUUACAGAUGAGGACCCUGAGGCUCCGAGAGGCCAGUUCUGAUGGUCAGAGCCAGGACUGGCACCGGCCCCAUAAUCCUGUGACGCACACGUGCAAGUCCAGGCUCUGUGCUUCCCCGUUGCGCCCUCGGGCUGUGCCUUGGUUUCCUCAUCUGGACGGUGGGGAGGGAAGUGGCACCCAUCACCCAGGUGUCCCGUGGCCUCGGUGCCUUCUCUGUCUCAGGAGACGAGGACGGGAUUGGGGGGCUGAUGGGCAGUUUCUGGGCUUGAAGGGGUGUGUGUGUGACAGGACCCACAAGUAAAGCUCGACCACCCAUUGUCUGCGCCUCCUGCUGCGUUGGGGCUGCCCAUGGCCAGGCUGCUGGGUGGGCCGGGUAGGGUCUGGCUGACAGGAGCUGAGGGGCAGAGAUCCCAAGUUCCCAGUCUCCACACGUCGGAAUUCCCCCUCGGGCCUGGCCC